AUGGCAGGCCGCAAGACAUUGUUGGCACCUAUCCACUUCAUCUUCAGCUUGCUGCAGAAGCGCAGCACUGUUUCGAUUUGGCUUUACGAGCAGCUGGCAUUCCGAAUUGAAGGAAAGAUUCGGGGUUUCGAUGAGUUCAUGAAUCUGGUCGUCGACGAGGCCGUUGAGGUUCGCCAGGCUACAAACACUGAGGAGGAGAAGCGCAGGCCGCUGGGCCAAAUUCUCCUUAAGGGUGACAAUGUCUCCCUGAUCCAAGCAGUUUAA